CCAUGAUCGCGCUGUGGAGGUCUGGCUGAGAAGCUGCGCGCAGCAGCAGCAUGGGCACCGGGGAUUACAUGUGCGUGACGCUGCGUGGAGGCGCACCCUGGGGAUUCACCCUCAGAGAGGGAGAGGGGGACACCUACACACCUUUCAUAGUCUCCCAGGUAGACGAAGGUGGUCGUGCCUUCUUAGCUGGAGUGCGGGAAGGUGAUGAGGUUGUGUCGCUCAACGGAGAGCCAUGUGCCGAUCUCACCCUUUUACGAGCCUUCGCGCUCAUCGACACAUCCAUCGACUGUCUGCAGCUGCUUGUCAAAAGAUACUGCAGCAUCCCCCCAGAAGACUAUGAAUCAGAAGAGACAUACUGUGGUGAGAGGGACUCCUCUGGUGAGGCUUUAAAGAGCACCACCCUCCACAUCUUCUCCCCAAAGCACAGAUCCCAAAGCCCGAGGGAACUCUACAUAUCUGAGUCCCACGACGAGGACUACUAUGGGGAGUUUCCCAAGGCACCUCAGCUGCUUUACACCCAGCUACAUGCUCCCUCAUCUGGUGAUCUGGGAGGCCAGGAACCUGCUUUUAAGGGAAAUGAUGAAGAAGCGCGGCGGUGCUUCUCCCCCGGGAACAUGGUCGAGCUCCAGGUGUCCCUGUCUGAGCAAACCUUGGACGACGUAGGCUGCAGCUCUCUUGGGAGCGCUCUAGGGAUCGAGGGAGAACUCUCAAACAGAGAGGCCGUCGAGACGAUCCACACCACCACCGCGUCGCGCUACGUGCCGUGUUCUGUCAGAGAGCCGCUCGGCCAGCGCGGAGUGGUGCUCAGCUCCCCUUCGAUGCUGGGGCAGGUGGAGGUCAUCUUGCAGCAGCAAGCAGCAUCAGGAGCAGGGAGGGGCAUCCUGAGUGUGGGUGGCCCCAGGGUCAGCGGAAGUGUUGGAUCCCAAAGCGAAGGAGAAGAAGGAGGAGGGCACUGCGAGGGAGUCCCUGGGUCUUUCACUGUGUCAUUUGGAAUUCCCUCAGAAGAGGCGACACCAGCUGAAGAGCAGGGCUCUGAUUCUGAGGGGGAUCCAGACAAACCCAACAAGCAUCGGGCAAGACACGCCAGGCUCAGGCGCAGUGAGAGUUUGUCCGAGAAGCAUGUGAAGGAGGCCAAGUCCAAAUGUAAACGUAUUGCUCUCCUUCUGACUGCUGCUCCGCCCAACCCCAACAACAAGGGGGUGUUGAUGUUCAAGAAACAUCGGCAGAGGGCCAAGAAAUUCACACUUGUGAGCUACGGCACAGGAGAAGACGAACCUGAUUUCAGCGACGAAGACGACGACGAAAACGAAGAAACCCACACUGUUGAAUUUACCCUUGUGGCUCCUGACGGUUCUGAAAUAAACAAGCAUUUCCUCACCAAUGCCCAUAGUAGCAAAGGUGUUCUAACUAUCAACUGGGACAAGGGUCUCCUUGAGAUUGAAAGGAACCUGAACAACCAAGCGGAGAUGGAAUGUUUGCCUGAAACCAAGGGCAAGGGUGCUGUAAUGUUUGCCCAACGACGUCUGAGGAUGGAUGAGAUUUCUGCUGAACACGACGAGCUUAGGCGCCAGGGGAUUCCCGUGGAAGCAACGCCGAUGGUUGAAAAGAAGAUAGAAGAGCACUCCCACAUGCAGUCCACAACAGAGGGCCAUGCUUACAUGGAUGUAAAUAUACACCAACAAAGCCAACAGCAACAGCAGUACCAGCAAUAUCAGGAACAGCAGUACUAUGAGCAACAACAGAACUACCAACAACAACAAUACCAGCAGCAGCAGCAGCAGCAGCAGCAGCAGCAGCAGCAGCAGUAUGAACAACAGCAUUAUCAACAACAGCAAAUGUAUCAGCAGCAGCAAGCAUAUCAUCAAGAGCAACAGCAAAUGCAGCACUAUUCUACAAACAUCAAUGGCACAGUCCAACAUCAAACCAGUGAAAUGCAGAGUUCUUACAACAAUCGUACGGCGAAGCCUUUCUCAGGAGAAACCAUGCUGGCUACCCCUUAUUCUCCCACAAUGAGUGGGACCAAUCAAGAUUCUGUGGGCCAAGGAGAGCAGAUAGCUUCCCGGGAUGAGCGUAUUUCUGUCCCUGCAAGUCGGACUGGUGUUUUGUCGGACUCAAAGAGAAGAAAUGCUGGCAAGCCUAUGUUCACGUUUAAGGAAGCACCAAAGGUAUCACCUAACCCAGCACUGCUAAACCUCCUCAACAGAAAGGAUAAGAAGUUGGGUUUUGAGUCAGGACCUGAGGAAGACUACCUUAGCCUUGGGGCUGAGGCUUGUAAUUUUCUGCAGUCUCAAGGAGUCAAACACAAGACUCCUCCGCCAGUGGCUCCAAAGCCUUUGAUCAACCCCAACUCUCCUCCUUGGUCCCCACAGAUAGAAGUGACCAACCAGGACAUGCCUCAACAAGCUGAAAAUAGUGUAUUCACACCUGCUGUAGCCCCCACCAUGGAGACUACCCCUGCUCCAGAGCUAGAGCCAGCCCCUGCACCUGCCCCUGAGCCCUCUCCCCCUCCUGCGCCCCAGGAGGCUCCUGCCAGCACCACCGCAGAGGAACAGCACACAUGGACUGCCCCGCAGCCUGUUACUCAACAACAGCCACUGCAAGUGACAGCUCAAGAGGAAAAUGGUCAUAUGAAUUCUACCCUGCAGCCUGAGCCUGCUCCUGUGACUAGCUGGGCUCCAGCACAAGCACAACCACAGCCAUCUACUAAUUCUUGGCAUCCAGCUCAAGUGCAGCCUCAGGAACCACCUCAAAGUCAGUCCCCAUCACAGCCACCUUGGAUGACUCCUCAACCUACUCAGACCCAAGCACAGCCUCAACCCCCCACAAAUACUUGGACCCCUCAAAUUCAGCCAUCCUGGAGUCAACCUCAAGAGCAAGCACAAGCUCCGACACAUGCUCAGCCUCCCUGGACCCAGCCUCAAGAGCAACCACAGUCUCAUCCACAGGUUCAGCCACCCUGGGCACACUCUCAUGAGCAGCCAAAUCUGCAGCAGAUGCAACCAACUUGGGGUCAACCUCAAGAACCAAUGCAGCAGCAGCCCCAGGCCCCAUGGGCACGGCCGUCACAAACAGACUCUCAGCAACAACCACCAUGGAUGCAACAACCCCAGCAAAAAUCCCAAGCACAACCUCCUUGGGCUCAACAGGUUCAGCCAGAAUCCCAGCCACAGCCACCAUGGGUUCAGGAACCACAGCAUCAGGCUCCACAACAAGCAUGGCCACAGGCCCAAGCACCAGAGCAGCCUCAACCACCUUGGGCCUCAGCUCAGCCUCAACAGCAACAGCAACCUUCAAUUAAUGCAUGGCCUCCAUCACAAGCCCAAGCCCAAGUUCAGCCACCUUGGAUCCAAGCAGCCCCAGCACAACCCCCAGCGCAGCCUCAAGCCAUUUUGAAUCCAUGGGCGCCAGUACCUGCCCAGGCUCAGUCCCAACAAUCAUGGGCCCAGCACCCUUCAGAACAUGGUCAGCACCCCAUUAAUUCUUGGGCCCAAGAGCAAAAUCAGGCCCAACCUCAACCACCUUGGGCUCAACCAGUUCCACCCCAGCCCACACCACAGCCAAACUGGCAACAGCCCACUUCAAAGACUCCACCACAGCCACCAAUGAAUACAUGGCCUUCACCUCAGACACAACCUCAGACACCUGUGAAUGCCUGGGCACCACACUCACAGCAAACACCUGUGAAUGUUCCCACGUCAAUGGUGAACACUCGUCCCUCUCCAAAACCUUGGCAUCCACCACAAAAUGCCCCACAAAACCAGACCCCUCCACCUCCACCGCAGCGAAUGCACUCUUUUACCAUUGGCCAACGAUCUUCAUCACCCAUCAACCCAAUGGCCAGUGUCUUAAACCCAUCAUCCCAAGGUUCAGCUUUUGAGAUGCCAGCCGUCAGAGGGAAAGGAGCUGAUAUGUUCGCCAAGAGGCAGUCUCGUAUGGAGAAAUUUGUUGUGGACUCUGAGACUGUGCAAGCAAACCAGGCUAUCCGGUCAACAUCGCCAGUUGCUUCCUUACCGAAUGAGUGGAAAUAUACACCCAACGUACGUGCUCCUCCUUCACGGGCAUAUAAUCCCAUUCAGUCCCCCUCUUAUCCGCCAGCGGCAACAAAGCAGCCCCCUCCAAGUAGCCCUUUAACCAAAGCCAAUAAGAAAGACAAAGAGAAACAAAAGCCUGCCCGUAAACUCAAUGUUAUAGAUGUUAUGAAGCAUCAACCCUAUCAACUCAAUUCCUCACUCUUUACCUUUGGCCCAGCAGUAGAGGCUGCCAAACCCCCUGAACCUAAGCCUGAUUGUCCACCUCCUAAACCACCUGUCGAAAACCAACCAAUUAGAUAUGAGCAAAUGGCUCCUGUCCAGCCAGCUGGACCAUAUAAUGCCCCAUACCCUCAGCAACCCUAUGGGAUGCCAAUGCAGCCCAUGAUGCAUGAUGGCCACUACCAGCAAAACCCAGCUAAUGUUUAUCCUCCCCCCAAUCCUUAUCAACAACCCCCUGGUGGUCCAUACCAGCAAGCAUAUAAUCAACAGUAUCAGCAACCUGCCCCACCUGCUUAUCAUCCCCAAGCUCCUCAAUCUCCAAACUCUCCCUACCAACAGGCACCGCAGGGCCCUUACCAACCAGCCAAUAGCCCCCCCUACAUGGCAGGUCCCUCAGUACCUUACCAGCCACAGCCUCCCAGUAGCUAUGUUGGUCCUGGUUUUCCUGUAGCUGCCAGGCCUGAAUCUGUGUCAGGUAGCAACCCUGCAGCUGCUCCUAAACCCAAGUUUACAGCUAAAAAGAGCUCAGCUCAGGUGUGGAAGCCUGCAGCAGUUGAUAAAGAGUGAUAUGCUUGGUGUCUGCUUGAGUCAAAGGGUUGGUGCAGUCCACUGCCAAGUGGACUAUUUUGAGCACAUAAACUUGCUUUUGCAAAGACUAUCUUCACAUCCAGCUGCUCUUGUUAUUGUCAUGGGACAGCGCUUCAUGGUUUUCACAGUUUUAAGAGCUAAUGGCAUUACAAACAAAUUAAGAACACAAGAAUAAGAAUGGGGUGUAACUAUAUCUUAACAGACACAAAGGAGCCAAAAUUAAGAUUUUAAAAAAGCAUGUACAUUUUAACAAGUUUAUAGGAAAUGAUGCAUAUGGAUACUUAAAUAAUAAUAAUAAAAAAAAAAAAAAAAAAAAAAUCUAUGUACUUUUAUGUAGCCUAAAAGAAUCUAAAGUGGUGGCAAUGUAAGAAUGUAGGGGGGCAAUAUGCUCAGUAAGAAUUGAAAGAAAGGAGUGAGAGAAAAAAAGAAAUGAAUGGUAGCGGACAGUGACAACAGGAAUUAGAUUUUUGAAAAGAAGAAAAUGCAAAAUAUGUCAAAACUUAUUUGAUAAACAAACAAAUAAACUGACAAAACAACUGAAAAUACAAUAAAGUUAAAUAAAAUAAUCAAUUAAAUGAAUGAAGUCCAAAUAAAGAUAAGUAGUGCAGGACAAGGGUUGGGUCUCUGGGGUGUAAUGAUACCAACCUGAAGGCUAAAGUAGUAGGAGUACAUAGAUUAUGUAACAGCUCUGGGGUUUCAAGUAAAGGCUUAAAACUUCAAAUGUUACUUUAAACAAUUUAUUCUACAGUGGCUCUCCCCAGUGUCUUUUCCAUAGCACCUACUUAAGUGGGUUAGUUUUAUUUCAAGCCUUUUACCAGCUGUUGCAUCAUGUUAGGUACUAUAUUUAAACUGCCUCAUGGGGGGGAGUGCUGAGGUCUAGAGAUAGUAGGCUUAAAUUUCAAUUUAAGCCAGUGAAAGCUACUAUAUCUCUUGUAUCUAUUAUAUACUAUUUUUUCCAGAUAAUUGAGAAAUAUAUAGUAUUGUCCACUCUCCUACAUGUAGCAUCACUCUUCCAUACAUCAUCUCCAACUUUUGUAUUAUAUAAAUAGAUGAUAAAUGAUAUACAAAAGAAGAAUUAUUGAAAGGAUAACCAGCCCAGUAAUGUUCACAAAUAUAUAUUUUGGUACAGGACUGCUUAUGUUCUUUUCUUUUUCCUUUUCCUUUGUGUGUUUCUCUUCAUAGUGCACUUUCUGUAUCAUUCACUGCAGUACCAUUAAAAUGUCUUUUAUCCUUG